UCUAGAAGCCCAGCUCCACCUCACCUGCUCUCGCUUUCUUUUCCUACGUAACGAGGAAAAAAAAAAAUAAAAAUACAUUUGCAUAUUCGAACAAGCCAACACGUAUGCCAUAUUGUUUCUUUUUUAGCAUGGACAACCACAUAUAAAUUAUCUUGUUGAUUCAGCUAACCCAAUUAUUGCUCUGCUUUCCUUUUUCGUGAUCAACAACAAUUAUUUUUUUUUCGGAGGAGGAUUAUUUUUUGUCACUUCUCUCCGAAAUAGAGUAUUUCAAAUGGGAUUUUUGUUUUCUUCUACUAGUAGUAGCUGUAGAAGUGAUAGAAUCAUGGUUUUUGUAGAUGGUAAAGUUUUGGUUUUUAUGGGUUUCAUUAUGCUAAUCUCGGGCAUACACAGCUCUGAAGCUAGUGGCUCUGCUUCUGGGACCUUCGGGUUUGAUAUCCAUCACAGAUACUCUAACCCGGUUAGGAGUAUUUUCGACUUUGAUGGCUUGCCGGAAAAACAUUCUUUCGACUACUACGCCGCCAUGGCCCACCGUGAUCGCUACAACCGGGGUCGCUACCUCGCCGGCACCACCACCCCUGUCACCUUCGUCGCUGGCAAUGACACCCUCCGCCUUAAUUCCUUGGGAUUUUUGUACUAUGCAAAUGUCUCCGUUGGAACACCAGAAUUGUGGUUCUUGGUCGCACUCGAUACUGGAAGUGACUUGUUUUGGCUGCCUUGUGAUUGUACCAGUUGUGUGCGUGGCUUGGUGACAAGAUCAGGAAAACGAAUUGAUUUCAACAUGUACAGUCUGAAUACAUCCUCAACUGGCAUGACUGUUCCGUGCAACAGUACAAUGUGUGAUGCACGAAGAAGAGCAUGCUUAGCUUCACGCAAGGCUUGUGCUUAUGAAGUUAGUUACCUUUCCGGCAACACUUCAUCUACAGGGUUGUUAGUUGAGGAUGUUUUGCACUUGGCUACGGAUGAUAGUCAGCAGAAAGUUGUUGAUGCGCCAAUUACAUUGGGCUGUGGAAUAGUUCAAACUGGUGGAUUUUUGGAUGGUGCUGCUCCCAAUGGUCUGUUUGGUCUAGGUAUGGACACUAUAUCAGUUCCUAGCACAUUAGCAAGCAAAGGGCUAGCUGCAAAUUCUUUUUCGAUGUGUUUUGGGAAUGAUGGAGUUGGAAGAAUUGUUUUUGGAGAUAAAGGAAGUACAGACCAAGGAGAAACACCAUUCAAUCUUCAUCAACUACACCCAGCUUACAACAUAAGCAUUACGCAAAUAGCUGUGGGAGCGAAUAUCACAGAUGUUGAUUUCACUGCUAUUUUUGAUUCUGGCACCUCAUUUACAUAUGUCAAUGACCCAGCUUACUCAAUUAUAACCGAGAAUUUCAAUUCUCGGGUCCAACAGCCACGUUAUCCAUCUGAUUCCCAAAUUCCUUUUGAAUUUUGCUAUAAUCUAAGUCCCAAUGAAACAGGCUUUGACAUGCCCUCUCUGAAUUUGACGAUGAAAGGGGGAGAUCCAUUUUCGAUCACUAAUCCAUCGGAAAUAUUUCAACUUUCGAAUAAUAGAUAUAUAUAUUGUUUGGCAGUUGUUAAAAGUGGGGAUGUCAACAUCAUCGGACAAAAUUUCAUGACUGGUUAUCGGGUAGUUUUCAACCGCGAGAACAUGACUCUGGGAUGGAAGCCAUCUAACUGCUACGAUGAUGUGCAAACUAAGAAUGGAUCGAACACAUUGCCCGUUAACCAACGGAACGGUACCCAAGCUCCUUCACCCUCAACUCUCGUGCCAGAAGCCACAUCUGGAAAGGGAAGUACUUCUCCUGUGGCAACUGCAAUUCCAACACAAUCACCCCCGGGGAGCAAUGCACCGGAUUCGAACUCCAUAUCUUGCAAAAUCCUUGUCUUUCUGUUUUGCCUGUUGAGCCAUUAUUUGAUUAUUCUUUCUUACUGAGGCUGCAACCGCUUGUGUGGAAUUGAGCAGUAUUUUGUAGCAGUAGCAUUUCCACUGGAUAGAUUUAAUACCAUUACAAUAUGCUAGUUUUGCAGCCGUCUCGGCUAUAUUGAGAUUGAUCUGUCGUACUUUUAGCUGUGAAUAUACAUUAUUGUUUGAUUGAUGGAUACAUAUUACUUUUCGAAGCCA